GCACUUGUAUAAAUGUGUUGUCCUACCUGGGCAGUGGAUCAGUAUUACCAGCUCACCUGUGAGGAAGCGUUGUAACCAUGGUGUACGCUCAGUCAACAACCAGAGUGGCUGUAAAUCCUUCUCUGUACUCUCCAGCUUUCAUGUAUCAGAUGUCCUUUAACUUCACCAGAAGAGAGAACUCAUCUGUCCUCGCCUCCUCUCCACCGACAACGCUCUUCAGCCUCGAGGCCUCGCCCUCCAGCUGGUCCAACGCCACCUCCGCCUCCGUUGAGCUGACGGCGGGCGAGGUGGCCGUCCUGGGCCUGGUCUUUGGAGUUCUGUGGCUGGUCUCCAUCCUGGGAAACGCUCUGGUCUGCCUGGUCAUCCACAGGAGCCGAAGGACUCAGUCCACCACCAACUACUUUGUGGUGUCCAUGGCCUGUGCAGACCUGCUCCUGAGCCUGGGCUGCGCUCCUUUUGUCCUCCUGCAGGUGGCUGAAGGUCAGUGGCCUCUGAGCACCGCUGCCUGUAAGUUGGUGCGCUACCUGCAGCACCUGUGCCCAGGUGUUCAGGUCUAUGUCCUGCUGUCCAUCUCUGUGGACCGUUUCUACACCAUCGUCUACCCCCUCAGCUUCAAAGUGUCCAGGGAAAAAGCAAAGAAGAUGAUCCUGGCCUCGUGGCUGUUUGAUGCRGUCUUCAUCUCUCCCUGCUUCUUCUUCUAUGGUUCCACAGACAGGCACUGUGACUUCUUCCUCCCGGGCAGCUGGGGCAGUAUAGCCUACGCUGCGGUUCACCUCCUGGUUGGUUUCCUGGUCCCUGUGGGACUGAUCGUGUCCUUCUACCAGCGGGUAGUUCGGUACAUCUGGAGGAUCAGCGCUGACGGCUACACGGUGCGACGAACCAUGAACAUCGUCCCAMGGACUAAAGUCAAGACCAUCAAGAUGUUCCUCAUGCUCAACUCAGUUUUCUUCCUCACUUGGACGCCCUUCUACGUCGCCCAGCUCUGGCACCCGAAGGAGUCCGCUGCCCCCACCAGGCAGGAGCUGCUGUUCUUCACAGCCAUCGCCUGGAUCUGCUUCAGCUCCACAGCAUCCAAACCAACGCUGUACUCCGUCUACAACGCAAACUUCAGGCGUGGCAUGCGAGAGACCUUCUGCAUGUCCUCCAUGAAGUGCUACCGCAGCAAUGCCUACACCAUCACCGCCAGCUCCCGGAUGGCCAAGAAGAACUACGUUGGUGCGAUGGACCUCCAAGUCCAGGCUAAGACCAUCACCAAGGACUCUGUGUACGAUGCGUUUGACCGAGAGGCCAAAGAAAAGAAGGUAGCUUGGCCCACCAACACCAACCCUCCCAACACCUUCGUGUGAACCACUUCCUGUUUGACAGUUAGCUGGAGGACUAGCCGGAGGCUAACAUGCUAACUCUGCCUGAAAGUCACAGAAUGUUUAUGAUGUAAAAAGGGCUUUAUUUUCUGACGUAACGAUGGUUCAGUUUUCUAGUUAAUUUAUUCAGAAAYACUUUGUGUUGUUUUGAUGAGUGUGUUUUGAUGUUGGUUUGUUAGCAGCUAAUGUUGUUGUUGUUGCUUCUGUAAUCUCUGCUAGCAGCUAACGUUAGUAAAGCUUCAUAUUUCUGC